AUGCUACACGGCGUCGGCUGGCUAGCAGACAAAUACUCGGCCCUUUCCAAGGGGUCGGCGGCCAACUCUUCGCUCAUUCAGGCAAUCGAGACGUUCACCCAACGCCUGGCUGCUGCGUCCAAGGCGGAGAAUCCUCUCCAAGAGCGUCGAGCUGCCAUCCUCAGCUUGAAGGGACUGGCUAAAGAUCACCCACUGCAGGUCGCAACUCACGCUGGCAAGGGGCUGGUAGAAUGCUUGACAAAGGACGUCGGAGCUGCUCCCGCCGAUAGCGCUCACGACGAUGUGGCCAAAUCGCUCAUCGACUGCCUCGUCCUUGUAUGCACCCCACCUGAGCAGGCUCAACACCGCAAAGGUCAGCAUCAACAUCGUCAGGCACACGUCCCUGCUGCUCCAGCCCUCGAUCUCUUACUCGAGACGUCAGCUCCUCUCCACGCUCUGCUUCCCUUGCUAGCACCAGGUCGCACCUUCUAUUUACGCUUCUCAUCCCUUCAACUCCUCGCCCUCGUCCUCCGACAUCGCAAGCAGCUCGUGCAAGCACACGUUCUCACCUCUCCAGGCGGAUGUGGCGCUAUCUUGGAGUGCCUCGCAACCACGUCGCCUACCACUGGUCAUUCAUUGGGGUCCAGCGCGGAGAUCAUUCGCAACGAGGCACUCUUGCUCCUGCCCCACCUCGUCGACUCGAAUGCCGACAUUCAGAAAUUAAUCGCAUUCGAAGGCGCUUUUGAGAAGCUGCUGGACGUCGUCGCCCAAGAGGGAAGGGUGGAAGGAGGCGUAGUUGUGCAAGACGCACUGGAAGCACUCGAGGCGCUGCUGCGAUACAAUGUGUCCAACCAGAACUACUUCCGCGAAACCCUCUCGAUCCCCCUCCUCGCCCCACUCCUCUUCUACCCGCCCCCUCUACCGCCAAACGCGCCUCCCUCUCUAGCAACACAGCGCAACGAAGAAUUGGAGCGCUUCGCAUUCCAGCCAUGGGAGUAUGAUGGGACCGACGAGUUUGGUCAAGAAGAGGGGCAGGACGCCGCUGCUGCGGACGGCAAAGAAGGAGCAAGCAAGGGACCCAAUGUCGUCGGCGAUUCGCAGAAGCUCAUCAAUGCUCAGCUUGUCGUGGGGAUCGCGGGGCUCCUUGUGCAGGGCACGGGCGAGGGCAAGCGCGCCAAUCAGAAUGCGCUCCUAUCUACGGGCUUCUUCAAUGCUCUCCUCGACUUGGCUCUUGGAUCCUCCGCACCCCUCAGUCUCAAGACACAGUCGCUGCACGUCCUGUCGCUCCUUCUCAAGCAGAGUAGGAAUGUGCAAGACGCACUGGGCGAGGCGAGCGUCCAUCCGGUCGAGCCGAUCAAGACUCAAGUAGCGGCUGAUAUGGCUGCGCUGCCCGCAUCGGCGGAAGGAGGUGACAGUGAGAAGGCCACCCUCGCCGCGACCCCUGCAGGGGCACCUGCGCAAGGCAUCAUCGAGUAUGCUCGCCUCCCACCGCAGUCAGCUCUCGUUGCACUCAUCAACGCAGCACUCAACGGGAUCCCUCCACCCCUUCGGCCCAUAGAUGGUGGCUACCGCUCUCUCCUCGGCUUCCGCGCUGCAGCCAUCAAGGCACUGCAGAGCAUUCUCAGCGACAACAUCGAUGCGCGACUCUUCGUUGUUGCGUCCAUGGCUCAUUCUGAUGAGACAAGACCAGAGGAUCAGCCGGGCGCCGUGCUCCUCGAAGCGUUGACCAUCCUUCCGCCCAAUGGCCAAGCAGAAGGGUUCGACGAGUUCCGGAAUCUGUUUGCAAGCAUCAUAUUGGGCACGGUGCUCAAGGGCGCGGAGAGUGUCAAGGACCUAGCGAGACGGUUGCGCUAUGCUGCGGAUGGCAAGGUAGUGCUUCUCCCCGCCGAGGAGGAAGGAGUCAAACCAAGCCGGGAUGGAGACGACGACGAUGAAGCCGCAUCCCUCCUCUCCCUCCUGAUCGGCAAUAUCACCCUCUCUCUGCGCUCUCAAUCCGAAGCUGUCCGCUUGGAGCGCAGUCAAUCCUCCUCUUCCCCGGCAAAGGGGCCAACAAGUGUUUCAUGGACACGCAUUCUCCUGUCUCACCUCACGCUGCUAGCACUGUGGUUACACUCGAGCCCCAAAAGUGUGGCGGAUCUGGUUGGGGACUCGAGCAAUCUGCAGGCAGUCGUGCAGCUGGUCGCAGAGGGGGCUAAUGGGGAGCAUCUGCUCGUGGGAAUGGGCACGUGGGUAUUGGGGACGAUCUAUGAGUGGGGACCGGUACCCAGCGCGGAUGGGAAGCACAAGAAAGCUGGCGAAGGCGACAGCGAGAUGAUCACUCGCCAAGAGAUUCACGAUCUCGUCACCUCCCGUAUUGGAGCUGAUCAGUUCCAAGCAAGGCUGGAUAGAUUGCGCGACGAUGCGCGGUUGAAGCUCGUGGGGCCGGAUGUGCUGGACAAGGUGGCACACCGCAACUCGAUCGACCCGAUUCAUGCUGCACUGGUCAAGGGCGACGCGGGACAGGGACAGCAGGAGAGCAUUAUGGCUCACCUUGGGCUGAGAAACAAGGACAACAACGCCACUGCGACUGGCUCAACAGCUAUGCCCGCCGCUUCAGCAGACGAGGAUACUCCUGCGUCCGCUGCGGCCAGCUCAGACCUCUACUUCGACUGGUCCUUCGCCGAGCUGUACCGCCACGAGAGCUCAACCAUCGCUCAGUCGAUCCUCGUUCCCCCGACAACCACGAGCGCUCAAGCUUCUAGCUCACCUGCUGAGCUCGUGGAUGCACACCGUCGCAUCGAGCAGCUGACGGAUCAAGGAAAGACGCUUCAGCAUGAGGUGGAGACGAGGGGACGACUGGUGACGGAGACGCUGAAGGAGGUUGAGGAAUUGCGAGCGAAGGUAGCAGAGUUGGAGGAGAAGGGCAAGGGAGGGGAGGCGGAAUUGGAGAAGCUGCGUGGUGAUCACUCCUCCGAAUUGGAGAAGCUUCGCAACGAGCACACGACGCAGCUCACAGGCGCAGAGGAGUCACAUCGCUCCGAGCUGGAGAAUGUACGCGCUGCAGCUACACGACAGGGUGAAGGAGAUUCUUCUGCUCUUGCGGCUGCGAGGGAGCAGGUCGUGGCGCUUGAGGCUGCCCUCGAAAAGAUGAAGGCGGAGACAGCUGAGAAGGAGACGAGCGGCAAAGCUGCGCAGGAUGAGGAGAGUGCGAAGCUUUGCCAGCAAUUGGAGGAGGCGAGCAAGAAGCACGAGGAGGAGCGCAAGGACUGGCACGAGCAGGUUGAGGCUUUGAAAAAGCAGGUCGAAGAGCAAAAGGCAGCAGCAGCGGCAGCCGCAGCGGUGGACAAGGAGAGGAGCAGCGAGUCCAACCCUGCCGCCAAGGAGGACUCCGCCUCAUCAUCAGCCCGUGUCUCCGAGCUCGAGCAGGAGAACCAAGACCUGCUGGUUAUGCUGGAUGAGCUGAGCACCAAGCGCAAGAAGGACAAAGCUGCACUCAAGGAGAAGGGAGUCGAGGUCAGCGAUGAUGAGGAUGACGAUGACGAUGACGAUGACGAUGACGAGUGA